CAAAGCUUGAAUCUCAUCAAUUGUUGUAUCUCAAAUUACAUCGAAGCACAUCAAUAUGGCUUCCAUACCAGUGAUCAUUAAACACCAGGGCAAACGCCAUGAGGUCGAGCUUGACCCCUCCCUGAACGGCGAAACGCUCAAGUACCAGCUUUUUUCCCUCACCGGUGUCGAACCCGAACGGCAGAAGAUCUUGGUCAAGGGUGGUCAGCUGAAGGAUGAGACUCCACUGUCGUCUCUCAACGCCAAACCUGGGCAAACGUUCAUGAUGAUGGGCACGCCAUCUGGUACCCAGGGCGCUGGAGAUCUCGGUCGACCGAAGGAGGUGAUGAAGUUCUUGGAAGAUAUGACGGAAGCGGAGGCUGCUAGGGCCGAGGGCGCAACUCCCGCUGGCCUCCAAAAUCUUGGCAAUACCUGCUACCUCAACUCUACCCUACAAGCUCUCAGGGGCGUUCCUGAGCUCCAGGAGGAGCUGCAAAGGUACCGGCCCUCUGCAGGCUCCAGCGGGGGUUCCAGUCUUGCAGGCCUCAGUAGCCUGGGUCUGGGAGGACUUGGUGCUUCGACUGAUCUUACUGCUUCCCUACGGGAUCUGUUCAAGCAGAUGUCCGAGACGCAGGAAGGUUUCCCGCCACUGAUGUUCCUCAAUGCACUGAGAAAUGCCUACCCUCAAUUUGCUCAGCGAGAUCGCAACGGACACGGUUAUGCACAACAAGAUGCUGAGGAGGCUUGGUCGCAGAUUGUGACACAGCUCAGGAACAAACUCGUCAUCAAAGAGGGCGAAGGAGAGUCUGCGGCAGAGGUAUCUUUUGUGGAUAAAUAUCUUGCUGGCCGGUUCGAAUCGGUGACGGAGUGCGACGACGCUGCGGCGAAGGAAGUCGGAGAGAAACCCACGGAGAGCACAGAUGUGUUCUACAAACUUGAUUGCCACAUCGGCAAGGAGACGAACCACCUGAGCGACGGUAUAAUGGCUGGUCUCGAGGAAAAGAUUGAGAAGCACUCCAGUACUCUAGACCGCGAUGCCGUUUACACUAAACGCUCCCGCAUCGCUCGCCUACCUAAAUACCUCACAGUGCAUUUCGUUCGGUUCUUCUGGAAGCGCGAAACUCAAAAGAAGGCCAAGAUCAUGCGCAAAGUCACAUUUCCGCACGAGCUUGAUGUGGUUGACUUCUGUACCGAGGAGCUGAAACAGCAGCUUAUUCCUGUCAGAGACAAGGUUCGGGAGAUUCGGAAGGAGGAGGUGGAUGUCGAGCGCGCCCGUAAGCGCCAAAAGCUUGCUCAUCGACAAGGGGAAGAGAAGGAUGAGGAGGCCGAGUCCUCGUCGAGCAUGGAGCCAAUGCAGAAGAAGAAAGCAGCCGAAGAGCGCAAGGAGGAUAAGGAUGAAGCCAUGGCCGAUGUUUUCAAGACCGACGCCGAUUAUGAGGCGGAAAAGACCGCGUCGAUCCUCGCUGCCAAGAAAGAAUUGUCUGCGUUGGUUGACCAGAAGCUUGCAGCUGAUGCCGGUGUCAACACAACUGGCCUCUACGAACUCCGAGGCGUGAUUACCCACCAGGGUGCCAGCGCUGAUAGUGGUCAUUAUACAGCUUAUGUAAAGAAGCAGGACGACGGUAGCGACGGCAGCGCCGAAGGGAAGUGGUGGUGGUUCAACGACGAGAAGGUCACCGAAGUGGAUGGAGAGAAGAUUGAGACCCUUGCUGGUGGCGGCGAAUCCCACUCCGCUUUAAUCCUCCUCUACAGAGCGGUGGAGCUGCCUAGUGCAAACUGAGCAGUCUCGCCGCAACAAGAUGAUAAUGAUUGAUGCGACAAGUAUAACUCCAUAGAUGACGAACUGACUUGAAACUAGCUUAGCUUGGCUGCUCGCCCUAGCAGAAUGCAUUGCUUCUAGUAUAC